AUGAUCAAUUCGAAUCGAAACGUACUGCGAUCAACGCAAAAUCGACUUCCACUUAAAGAUGUUUCAUUACAGAAAUCUUCAUCAAUCGAAAUAAUAAAUAAAACAAAAUUAAUAUCGAAUACAAUUCUACAACAAGAAAAUUUAUCACCAUCAUUAUUAAAAAAUAAAAUUUCAAUAACAUCAAGACCUAUACUUACAGCAAUACGUUCUAUAAAACAAUAUUCAAAAGAAAAUGAAAAUGAAAAUAAUACUCAAAUGUUUAUUUCACCAAUGGUUAAAACAAAUUAUUUUUCUGAACAAAAAUUAUCUUUAUCAAAUAAUAAUAAAACACGUGAACAACUUGAACAGGAUUUAUAUGAAUUACCUGAAUAUCGUCAAUCAAUAUUUGAACAUUUAAAAUCAGUAGAACAUAUCUAUGCACCCAAAGUUAAUUUUAUGGAAUAUCAAUCGGAUAUAAAUUCUGCAAUGCGUACAAUCCUUAUCGAUUGGCUUAUUGAAGUUACUGAUGAAUAUAAAUUAAAUGAUGAAACACUUUUUCUUUGUGUACAAUAUGUUGAUCGAUUUUUAUCAACAGUAAAUGUAACAAGAUCAAAAUUACAAUUACUUGGUACUACAUGUAUGUAUGUAGCAUCAAAAUAUGAAGAAAUGUAUCCACCUGCAUUAGAAGAAUUUUCAUUUAUAACAGAUAAUACAUAUGAAAUAAAACAUAUUCUUCGUAUGGAACAAAUUAUUAUGAAAAUGCUUAAUUUUUCUAUAUCCGGACCAACAUGUUAUACAUUUUUACAACAUUAUUUAAUUAAUCUUAAAUCAAUAAUAUCAACAGAUAAUAAUGAUGAUUAUAAAUGUCUUAUAAUGUUAUCAAAUUAUUUAUGUACUUUAACACUUUUAUAUGAUCGACCAUUUUCAUUAUAUUAUUCAUCAAUAAUAGCUGCUAGUUGUCUUUUAUAUUCAAUUCAAUUACUUAAUCAAUAUUUAAAUAUUGAUACUAAUUGGUCAAAUUAUUAUAUUCAAUUAACAACAUAUACACAAAAUGAUUUAAAUGAAUGUAUAUUAUCUUUAACUGAAAUAUAUUCAAAAACAUAUUAUCAAGAUAAAAUAACAUCAAGUUUACUUCGACGUUAUUCAAAUAUUAAAAAAUAUAAUGAAUUAUAUCAAAAACGUGUACGUGAAAUAAUUCAUCAAUCAAAAUUAGAAGAAGAAGAAGAUAAUGAUGAUGAUAAUAUACUUGAUUUAACACUUGAUGAAUUUGAAAAAAAUAAUAUUAGUUUAGAUUAUCAUCGAUAA